AUGUUUCAAGGCCUUGGUAGCCUCUUAACUCAGGGUUGGCCCUCGAAGCCUACCUUCACUGAGAAGGAGUUGGGAGAUCUCUCUGGAAAGGUUGUUAUUGUGACUGGUGGAUAUUCGGGCGUCGGAUAUCAGCUCGCCAAAAUUCUGUAUGCGAAAAACGCAGUUGUGUACAUUGCCGGUCGCCGUGAAGAUGCCGGCCAAGACGCAAUCAAGACGAUAAAGGCGGCUCAUCCCGACUCCAAGGGAAGGCUAGAGUUCUUACAGCUCGACUUGGCCGAUUUAACAUCCAUCAAGGCCAGCGCAGAUGCUUUCCUUGCAAAGGAGACUCGGCUCGACAAUCUUUGGAACAAUGCAGGAAUCAUGCGUUUGCCCAAGAACUCACCCACCAAAUCGAAGCAGGAGCAUGAGCUGAUGCUCGCUGUUAAUUGUUUUGGUCCCUUCCUCUUCACAAAGCUGCUGCAUCCCCUCCUUGAAUCAACGGCCAAAUCCUUGCCAGCAGGAAGCGUUCGCGUUGUUUGGCUGGGAUCGCUUAUGAUCCAAAUCAUGGCGCCCAAAGGUGGCAUAGAUCUUGACAAUCUCGAUUACAAGAAGAAGUUUCCAGACAUCAAUGUUAGAUAUGCAGUUAGCAAGACUGGAAAUCUCUUUAUUUGUAGCGAAUGGGCCAAGCGAGAUGCCGAGAAGGGAAUUUUCCACUUGGCUGCCAAUCCCGGCAACCUCAAGACGCCUCUGCAGCGCGACAUGCCUGCGUGGGAAUACUAUGCAAUUAUACCGCUCCUUCACGAUCCCAUCUUUGGUGCCUACACAGAAUUAUUUGCCGGCUUGUCUCCGGACGUCAAGCCAGAGCACAGCGGACGAUUUGUCAUUCCCUGGGGUCGAUUUGGCUCGACUCGUCCUGACAUUGAUGCACACCUGGCUUCCAAGCAAGGAGAAGAGCCUACCAAGGCGACGAAAUUCUUUGAGUAUUGUGAGAGCCAGACCAGCGCUUAUGCGUAA